ACCGUCAUUUACCGGCAUUGCGCGCGUCGCUCAUGACAUAUUACGAUUCGUUUUCCCUCGCUUUUUUUGUUUUUUUUUUCGUCGUGUAAACUUCAGUAUAUGGUGAAUGUGCUCAUUCAGCCACUUGGAUUUACGGGUGCCAUCUGGAGAACGUAUGUGUAAAGGACAUGGCUUUAUCGACAAGUCGCCAGCAGUUCCUGGCGUGUGAAACUCAAGGUCUCGAUGACAUUCACUAUGGAAGAAGAGGAGGAAUUUUUAUUUCGACUUGUAUAUGCAUCUCUUUUGUCAUCUUUGCGGUUAUCCUUGCUUUCAUAGUCGGAGUAAUUGUUUAUUUUGUAACAUAUUUUAAGAUAUCGCAAGAAGCACCACAUGACUUCUGGGAUAACACAGAACCAUUUGGGUACACAAACGCACCCUCACCCAACCUCAGAUUACCACCUCAUGUGUUCCCAAGUUUUUACAGAUUGAAAUUAAAAACUGACAUAGAAAAUUCUGUCUUCAGCGGAGAUGUGUACAUAACACUAAGGGCCAGUAAACAAGUUAAAGAGAUUAUUUUACACUCUAAAGGUCUUAGUAUUAAUAAGAAUGCUACACUUACGGAACAGAUUUAUGAACAAGAAACAAUAAAUGCAAGGAAAAAGCGUGAAACAAGUAAUACUACAGACAUUACUACAAUAAACAGUGUAUUGGUACCUCAAAAUGAGUCAGAGAAUUCCGUUACUACAGAAAAUAAUACUGAUAUUAUUAAUCAUACAACAUCAAAUCCGCUUACCAAUCUUGAGUUAAUAGUUGACACUCAGGUGACUCACAGUAGUGUACGUAAUAUAAAGAUAUUGUCAAUAAAGGAGGGUACUGGUGAUAGAUUGAUAUUAACAUUGGAAUCUCCACUCAAAUCUGACAUUGAUUACAUACUGGAGCUGUCAUUUGCUGGAAAUAUUUCAAAUUCGAUGACUGGUUUCUAUAAAAGUACAUAUACUACAAGUAAAAAUGAAAUAAAAAACCUAGGUGUGACUCAAUUUGAACCUACAUCAGCUAGGGCGGCAUUUCCAUGUUUUGAUGAGCCCGCUUUCAAAGCCAAGUUUGAAAUCAGUAUAUUACAUCCAGCAAAUAUGACCGCUUUGUCUAACAUGAAAGUAUCAGCCGAGGAAAAUGUAGAAGAAGAGCCCGGCUGGCAAUGGACACAUUUUGACAGAUCAGUUAACAUGUCUACGUAUUUAGUUGCCUAUGUUAUAUCAGAUUUUCAUUACCUAGAGACAAACUAUAUUAGUAAAGACAAUAUAACAAAACCUAUUAAAAUAUGGACGAGACCUGAACUAAUACAUAAAGCUAAAUACGCUUUAAGUAUAACACCAAAACUUCUAGAAUACUACGAGCAUGUUUUCGGUCUUCCUUACGCUUUGGAGAAACUAGAUUUGAUAGCGAUUCCUGACUUUUCAAGCGGUGCUAUGGAAAAUUGGGGCUUAAUCACAUUCAGGGAAACAACACUUCUUUUUGACAAAGAUGAGAAUGUACCCAGAGACAAACAGAGCGUGGCCAUAGACAUAGCUCAUGAGUUAGCUCAUCAAUGGUUCGGGAACUUGGUAACAAUGAAAUGGUGGACAGAUCUAUGGCUGAAUGAAGGAUUUGCUACUUAUAUAGAAUAUGUUGGUGUUGAUCAUAUUGAACCGGAAUGGAAAAUGUUUGAAUCACUAACUCAAGACAAGAUGAAUUUAUUAAAAUCCGACGCUUUGAAGAACACAUCGCCUGUGUCCCGCAAAGUGGUUGAUGCUUCGGAAAUAUCGCAGAAGUUUGAUGAAAUAUCGUAUAUGAAAGGCGCAAAUUUAAUUCGAAUGUUAAACAAUACGAUUACUGAGGAACUGUUCCAUAAAGGAUUAGAAACUUAUUUGAAUAAUUGGAAAUAUUCAAAUGCAGUUGAAAAUGACUUAUGGGCAGCGAUGUCGGAAGUAAUAAAGAAUCAUUCGAUGUUCCAACAUCUGUCAGUUGUCGAUUUCAUGAACUCGUGGACGCGACAGGCCGGCUACCCUGUUGUUAAUGUGGACAGAGAUUAUAACACGGGAAAAGUCACUUUCUCUCAGAAACUGUUCACAAGUAGCGGUGAACCUUACAAGGAGAUGACAGAUCAGGUGUGGCAUAUACCACUCAGUUAUGCCACUAUGGAUGUGCCACGUGCCAACUGGACCACUCGGCCCCGGCUGUGGCUGACUGACAGAAGUGCCACCACUGACCUGCAGAUAAAUCACACGGAAGCUUUGUACGUCAAUAUCGAUGCUAUCGGUUACUAUCGUGUGAACUACGACAAGAGGAACUGGGAACUACUGAACCACGCACUCAAAUCAGAUGCAUUCAGUAGUCCUUUGACAAAGGCUCAGUUGAUAGAUGACGCUUUUAACUUCGCCAAAGCUGACCAGCUCGAGUACAGCUAUGCUCUGGGUCUUACUACUUGUGUCAUCAAUGGAGAAGAUUCCAAGAUUGUGUGGGAUCUUCUGCUCAGCAACAUGUACUUCUUGAAACAUAGUCUAAGAGCUACAUCAGGAUAUGUCUACUUCCAGGACUAUAUGAAGAUAAUACUGAAGAAACAACUGGAACGUCUGAACUACGGUCUGAACACGCCCAAGGACGACAACGAGGCGUUCCUCAUAGAGAAUCUGGUGAUGUGGGAGUGCCUCGUCGAGUCCCCGCGCUGUCUCGACUGGGCACGAGAACAGUUCUACAACUGGUCCUCACAACCUGACCUCACUAAUAACCCUAUACCAAACUACUUGCGUUCGUUGGUUUACAAUAUGGCGGUGAAGCACGGCGGACGACGCGAGUUCGACUUCUUCUGGAACCUGUUCCUCAACUCCACAGACCCUGGCGUCAGGAGUCAGGCCAUCAACGUGUUGCCCAGCACUCGCGACGAGUCACUUAUAUCUAUGUUACUAGAGAAGAGCCUGACGGAGAUCCCGAAGCAGUACGCGGUGGCGGCGUGGAGCGUGGAGCCGCCGCUCGGCACGCGCCUGGCGCAGGACUUCCUCAUACACAACUUUCAUCGCGUCUACGACAAGUUCUCUCAGAUGGACGCCUUCAUGUUCCCCGCCGUCGUCGGAGGAGCUUUCGGAUUCAUUACUACCACUGAAGAACUUAACAAGUUGAAAAAGUUCGCGCACGAGCACAAGGAGAAGCUGAUGCCGAUGUCGCAGACGCUGCAGAAGAUAGUGGACAGCGCGGCGCUGCGUAUACACUGGCUGCAGCGACAUGCUGCUCACAUCAACUCCUGGUUCCACCACUACGUCACUGUGAACGCUACAAUGCAGGAGUCAGUAGACACCACAACACAAACUCUGCUCACACAAAACAUCACAUUGAAUAUUCCCGCCGACAGCGCGCACAACGCCACAGUGCCGCCAACUGACAGAGCUGACACUGCUGACAGUGUUGACAGUGUUGCCAACACAACUAGUCCACAGUAGAUUGUAAGUGUUACCAUAUAAUGUUCCUUCUUAGCUUAAGUUGUCAUUCAUCUAGUUAUUUGAGUAUAAUUGUUGUAUAAUUAUUGUAAUUUAUAUAAAUGACCAUUUGUUUUAUUUAAAA